CCAAAUGCACUAAAUUUUUGUAAAAUUUUUCUUUAUCUUACUUGGUUUUACAAACUUCAGUUUUGUACUCUUCCUUUCUGCUUCUCGGUGCUUGAGUUGAUAUCCAGUUAUGAUCUCUUUAAGAUUGCCUCAUUGCCCAUGGAUUGAAUGGUGUGAUAGAUUUUGCAUUCUCAAGGCCUCGAAGUCCAAUGGUCCCUUGCUUCCGCCUUCAAAUUUCUGGGGCACAGAGGUCAAGUCCACCUGUUUCAAAUGGAUUGUUGCCUCCACAAGUAAAAUCCGGUAGGGGUACAACUGCAGGAAUGGUUCUAAACAUGAUUAAGGAUGAUGAGAUAGCAAUAUCUUCUCCAAAGGGUCGACUGGGUACUGCUGCUGGUGAUGUAGCAUUUUCAAAAGGAAAAGAGAAUCUCACUGUAUCUUCUCUACUGGGGGACUCCUCGAACCAAGGUUUGGGGCAAGCAGCAAUGAAGAAAGUGUUGGAAAAGAAAGUGGAUGGGUUGGAAAAGAAGGGUGCAAUGUUGAAGGAGUUGGUGGUGAUACCAGUAUCAAUACUUGACCAGGCUUUUGCAUCAAUAGCAAAUGAUGCCACUACAAAGGCUUAUGUCUUGGUAUUGUGUGAUGAUAACAAGAUAAUUUCUAAGACAAUUACUCUAAUGGUGGAUGGGGAGUCUUUUCUGAUUAAGGUGUUGGAGGAGGAGUGGCCUAUGGAUCCAGACUGGUGGCUAGCUGGUGAAUGGAGGAGCUCUGAUACGAGUUUGGAAGUGUCAGAUACAGAUUUCAAUAAUUCUAAUGGCCGUUACAGUGUGGGUGAUGAUGCAGUAGUUAUGGCUGCGGAUUAUGCUGAAACGGAAGUAGAAUCAAAAUUGUGUUUAAAUAGGAUUUUGUUCCAAUUCUUGAAUUAAAUGGGUUAGAGAAUGAUGGGCUUUGUAAUGUGGGCUUGAUUGGGCCAAUGGAUUGUGAGGCUGAGGAGCUAAGUGUAGAAAAUGGAUCAUGUGAUGGGCUUCGGCUUGCUGAAACACAACAGGGGGGAUGUUCUGUGUUGGUUAAAAAAUGUAAAAAUUUGGGGGAUAUAUACAAGGGAUGAGGUAAUGGAGGAAAUGAAAGAGAUGAGGACGC